AUGCAGAAAUCAGAGUGCCAUGGAGACACACAGUUGAGAAACAGAGUGAUGGGUAAUUAUGAUCAAAGGACAUCAUCAAAUCCACAAAUAAAGCAUAGGAAUAUAGUUCAGCGAAGCAAAUCCUCACCUUCAACCAACUCUCCAGAUUCUGCAAGAAAAGUUCAUCCUCUACCAAGUGAUACACUUAACCCUAAAACAACCGCAGCUCUGGCCCAUUCAGAUGAUGACGUGUUUGAAAGAGGAUUGAAUGCCCUGGUACAGUUCAGUGUCGUCGUUGGUCCUUCUCUAAAUGACCAUCUGAAACAUCUACUUACAAAGCAGCAUGGGGGAAGUGGAUGCCUUAUUAUCAUCAAAGCUAAAAUUCCAACAUAUUGCUCCAUAUGUUGUUGA